GUGGACGAGGCGCUGAACGGCGGAGCCAAGACCCCGAAGAAGUCCAGGAAGCGUUUCCGUGGUUGGUCUCGUAGGACACGCCGACCGUACCCCUGCAAGCGCUCGCCACAGGGGGGCGCCACCGCCAUUAAGGUGAAGUCCGGGAAGUCGUUCCUGAAGGACUACUACCUCAAACACCGAGCCCUGAGCGAGAGAGACCUGGACGACCUGGUCACAAAGUCCAGCAUGAGCUACGAGCAGGUGAGGGACUGGUUUUCGGAGACGGCCAGGCGGGUGGAGGAAGGGAAGGAGCCCUUCAGCGAUGAGGAGGCCGCGGGAGAGGAGGAGGAGGAGGAAGAGGAGGAGGGGGAGGAAGAAGAAGAAGAGGAGGAGGACGGGGAGGAGGAGGAAGCGGCAGCCGGAAAUGCAGACAGCGAAGAAGAGAUGGAGGUAAAAGAACAAGGGGAGGAGGACACUGACGACGAGGAAGAGGAGGACUCUGAAGACGUCAGCCAAUCACAGCCUCAGAUACCGGAGGAAUCUGACGACGUCAGCCAAUCACAGCCUCAGAUACAAGAGGACUCUGAAGACGUCAGCCAAUCACAGCCUCAGAUACAAGAGGACUCUGAAGACGUCAGCCAAUCACAGCCUCAGAUACAAGAGGACUCUGAAGACGUCAGCCAAUCACAGCCUCAGGCAGAAGAGCAGACAUGAGCAGACAGGUGAGGC